GAGAAUACUUGGGCUUAACAGGGGCAAAGCUGAAGGGUAAAGAAAUUGUUUCUGCUGGACUUGCCACUCAUUUUGUUCCUUCUGAUAAAUUGGUUUGCUUGGAGAAGAGCUUGUUGAGCUUAACAACUGGAGAAGAGAAGGCUAUCAGAUCAGCCAUUCAAGAAUUCUCAACAAAAAUUGAGAUAGAUGAAAGAAGUAUCUUGAACAAAGAUUGGAUCCGCUCGGAAAGAAGGAACUUUGGAAUUGCGGAAUCACAACCGGCGAUAGAUGAAGCUUAUGAAGAAAUGAUGGCGGAAAUUGCGGAGGAUGCUGCUUCGCCAGGAAGUGGGUCAGAAUCUGACUAUUACUCUGAGACUGAAUCUGAAGAUGAAGUUGAUGUAAUUGAUUUAUCUGAUAGUGAUAAAAAUAUUGAUACUUCUUGCACUGCUUGCAAGGCUAUGAUUGAUAGUGGUGCUGAUGUAUCUGCAUUCAGGAAGGAUUAA